AUGAUCAAGAGUCGUCGGUAUAGCAUCAAGCAAGACUAAUAACAAGCGAAAUUACAGAGCAGACACGCGCAUCCGCUGUCGGGAAUGAGUGAGCAAGUUCAACUGUGUGAAACGUUACCACCAAGAUUUGCGCUGUUUGGUAGUGCUCCAGGGCAGUGCAAGUGUUUACCAAAUGGCGGUCACAAAUUUGACAAAUGAAAAGCCAGCGACUCAGGGACUCCCUAUACUUUUCCAGCAAUUUUAGCCGUCUACAGUUCCCUUGCACCUGCACGUUUUGCAGACUGCUUCCGCUCUCCGGACGGCGUGCAUCUUCUCGCGGCGGGUUCCGAUCAAAGUACCUGAGUACUGUUUCCACAAUGCUUCUACACGUGUGCACUAGCGUAGUUCUCUGGGGUCUCGCUUGGCCAGAUCUCGUCUCCCUCGGGGUUUACUACCAGGAAGAAUUCUUAGGCGAUCGCCUAGCGUGUGGGUUUGGCUACUCCGUACGGCGUCUCGCUUCGGCGUCUCACGGUGCUUGCAACAUCGGGCAGGUCCCAGGACCUCAGGCAUCAAAGAUGUACGGUAGAGGCCUCACGCUAGGGGAUUUGAUGGGCAUGAAACAUACUGAAUGAAAAUUCUCCUGGGCCAAGUUGAGCGCUGUGAGCGUGCCUCUGGGUGCUGCACUCCCAAGGUGCAGAGAAAGUGCUGACUGCUGACUCGUGAAUGGACAGCGACGACGACCCGAGAAACGAGAAUCGUCCCACUGUUACACGAGCCGCCCUAGCGCGAUGCUCCCGUGCACCUUUUUGCGUUUUUUGACUGCCCGCUAGUCUGCACCUGCGGGAAAAUCUAAUUAACACCAAGUCAAACAAUCUCGCACGGCUCUCGUCAAUCUCGCGUCAAGGCUGGGCUUCGAUUGUGGCUGGCGAUCCUCACCGUUCUUUGACCUUAUCAUGGGGUCAAGGAAAGAUGCAACCCGGGGUUGCGGCAAGUUCCAGCGCCGGCUUCGCCGCCCAGUUCAGAGCUGUGGCUGUCCC